ACGCCUGGCUGGUUUAGCAUCGAAGAGCUCUAGUAGUCGAAGCUUGCAGUUUGCAACUUGGAGAAGACAACUUUUUCAACGUUAUUUGAGAUAGUAAUUUCUUUCUUAAUGGAGUUCUAAAUUUCAAAAUGGCUUCUCGAGAUGUCAGAGAGUUUGAGAACCGCUUUUCAGACUAUGAUGGCAGUUCAAAACUAGUUGGAGCAAACGGGCAGCUGAAUGAGCCUUUUUACACCAGACUCAAGCAAGGAACCCUGAAACUUUUAUCGAGGUUUGAGGAAGGAUUUGAAGAUGAACGUAACGACCAUGACUACUCAGUUUAUACUGGAACUGGAGGUGUUGCUUACCUUUUCAUGCAUUUAGCAAGGACACUCUUUAAAGAUGACCCCACAAAGAAAGAAGAGUACUUAAACAAAGCUUUAGAAAUGCUAGAGAUUGGUGAUCAAAAGUUAAAAGGACGAAGAUGCACAUUUCUUUGUGGUGAUGCUGGUAUACUAGCCCAGUUGGCAGUCCUUUACUUCAAUCUAAAUAAACCAGAAAAAAGCAAAAAAUGUUUGACCAGGCUAGAGAGCAUGUGCGACAGAGUUUGCAAAGAUCCAUCAUUACCAGAUGAAGUGCUGUAUGGUAGAUCUGGGUACUUGUAUUCCCUCCUGUAUGUGCAGCAGGAACUAGGACAGGACAAGAUUAAGGCAACUACUUUGAAUGAGGUGUGCUCUGCUAUCAUAGCCUCUGGUCAAAGGUUAGCGAAACAAGAACGUCACACAUCACCCCUGAUGUACAUGUGGCAUGAGAAACACUAUGUUGGGGCAGCACAUGGUAUUGUCGGCAUACUGUACAUGCUGCUACAGGCUCAAUCAACUCCAGCUGUCCAGUCCAACCUUGCUGCCAUAGAGAGAAGCAUAGACUUCCUUUUGACCCAGCAAUUUCCAUCCGGGAAUUUUCAUUCUUCUCUUGAAAAUCCAACAGACAAAUUGGUGCAUUGGUGUCAUGGUGCUUCUGGGGCUGUUUACCUGAUGCUCAAGGCUUACAAGGUGUUCGGUAAAGACAAGUACCUUACAUCUGCCUUGAAGUGUGGUGAGUUGAUCUGGAACAAAGGUCUUCUGAGGAAAGGUUAUGGUAUAUGCCAUGGCGUUUCUGGUAAUGCAUAUGCCUUCCUUAGCUUGUACAAAGCCACUGAUUCACACAAGUACAUCUAUCGUGCCAUCAAGUUUGCAGAAUGGUGUUUAGAUUAUGGCAAACAUGGCUGUCGCAUUCCCGACACACCCUUCUCCUUGUUUGAAGGAAUGGCAGGCACCGUCUACUUCCUUGUCGAUGUAUUAGUACCAGGCUCUUCGCUCUUCCCAGCAUUCGAGUUCAAAGAAUAAAAGAACGCGCUUCAUUAGAAAAUAAAGCAUCGCAAGCUUCGUGUUAGCUAAAAAACACUUGCUCAAUCUCGUACCCAGAGCCUUUAUUUCUUACUGCCCAUGCUCUAUUUUUUUUCGUCGAGCGUGUGCAGUAAGAAAAAAGGGAUUGGGUACGAGAUUGGCACUUGCCAAGGACGAAAACUAGCCUUCUCCGCAGACUAGACGUUCUUAAAGUCGUCACGUUGUCACGCAACGUUUCUUCGACGACUAUAUGAGUGUCUGCGAGGAGGGUAGACGAGAACAAAAAGAAAUAGUACAAAACCGUAAGACAUAUAAUUUCUAUUACACAUUUAGGGUCGAUUGAGUGUGACGGAGCCGUAAAUAAAAGCGAUCCGAUAUUAUUUCACGGUAAACUGGAAACUAAGUUUUGUUUAUCGACCCUAAAUGUGUAAUUACCAAUUUAUUAAUUAUUACAUGCCAGAGUGCAAACAAUUAAUCCGUGAAACACUAAUUACUAAAUAGUACAAAAUAGUGCUAAUUAAACAAUAGAAAACAAUGGAAUUUGUUCACAUGAAAUUGUGCUAUUUAGUAUUACUAAAGUUUCACGGUUAUAUUGUUUGCACUCUAAGAGCCUGAUAUCUUUUUUAUUCACUUAUAACCAGCUCUUAUAACAUGUAAUAAUUAUAAAUUCAAAUAAAUAUUGAUGUACACCUACGCUAUUGCCUUUUAAAAAGGCCGAGUAAUUUAUUAAAAGAAAUUAAAAGAAAGUUUAUAUUACGCAAAGACUAAAAAACCACGUGUGAUAAGCACGUGAAACAAACCUAGCUAAAUAAAACGCUGCUCAAUGUAUGAUGGUAUUGUUAUCGUGUAUUUGUGGGAAAUUCAUUUAUUACUAUUAAUAAUAAAUAAAUAAAUCAUCAA